CGUGAACAUUCAUUACAGUCAACUUAACAAGACCUGACCCGGUACAACAAGCAAACGCCCCUCGGCAUGGAAGCGCCAAAAAAACUUGCGUUGAUCGCGGUCAACCCCCGCCCCGCCUUGCCAAGCGUUCCCAUACUUGUAUACGGUAUGCAUUAUGAGGUACUGACACGCGUGUGGUAUGCAGACUGACAUAGCACUGUCGACAACAUUUGCAAGUGACACGAGCCCUUUCAGCUCCCUCGCUGAGGAGUAGUCAUCCCCUAUCACCGCUAACCUAGCUCGAUUUCACAGCUGUCAUGGCGCAAGACUGGAGCCUCAAAGGCGCCGGGGCUGCCAACCUGGUCUACGCCUACUGCGGCGAGGACGAGCGCCUGAGCGGCCACGUACUGCGGGUGCGCAAGGGCACCGCGCACGCCGCCUCAGAGGUGGACAUCGCGCUGUGGGAGGGCGUGCUGGUCCACAAGCCGGGCGACGCUGCGGGUCGGGAGCUAUCGUACGUGGCUGACGUCAUGGCUCCACUGCUGGGCCGCCAGUACGUGUUCCCGGGGAUCCCCUGCCGCCUGCCAGUCGACAUGCGCGAGGCCAUGCGGCCGGGCGGCAGCAGCGACCACUUUCCCGCCCUACUGCAACCCGACCACACCCUACUGCAGGCAGCAGAUGAGAGGCGCGAGCGAGGGCGCGUGCCAUGCGGCGUAUGCCGCCUCAUAUCUGCGGCUGGCACGAGGGCACCACGGUACCCCGAGGUGCGCAUACUGGACUUGUCGGGGGGGAGAUGGCCAGGGGAAAGAAAGAUGUUUGUUGGUUUGCAGCAGUUUGCUUAAAUGACGUUUUCAUGAAUAAAGAUUGAAGCAAUGGGAACAUAGCACUUUACGUAGCGGCAAACGGAGCUGUAUGGACGGAGCGAGGACCCGGAUUGGUCUCCGAGAAAC